UUCCUCCCCUUUCCUUCCCGCCUAUUUGAACGGUUACAGUUAAGACACGUCAACAUCUUAUAUUAAUUUUUUAUAGAAAGGGAAAGACAAAAUAGAGAAUUUAAGAGAAGGUCCCUACUCCCAAUAAAUGAUAAAGACUGUUUCUAAAUUACUUCUAAUACUUCUUUUAUUAUUGAACUAGUACAAGGUUUUACGAAAACUCACUGCUUUUAGUUGGUUUCGUGAAAUGGUACAAAAAUCAUCAUAAAAUAUAUUUUCAUGUAGCCCUCGGUGCAUCACAAGCUUCGUGUAAAGUUAUUUAAAAAUGCUCAAGAUGAAGGAAUUCUGCUCUGGCAUGUCUCUUUUAUUGGUAAGUAGUAACUAGACGGAGAGAGUUUCAAGGAGCAAAGAGCGAGUCAAAAUAAUUGUCUUAACCACAAGUAAACAAGAUAAGAAAUGACAACCUCAGAAAAAUAACUGCUAACAAGAAAAUCAAACAAAUCCCGUCCUAUUUUCUGUAUAGAAAAGCCAUCCCCCUCUAAUCUGCACAUAUAUAGUCCUCCUCUGAUAUCCAAGCAAGAAAAAAAAAAACGCGAAAUUUAACCUGACGAUGGCUAAUUCUAAUAGUAUCUUUCUUGUCUCUGCCCUUUGCUUCUUGUCGCUCGUCGGCGUCGCCUACUGCGGCGAGACCCUCAAUGUGCACGGCAUCGUUUACUGCGACAACUGCCGCAUCCAGUUUGUAACCAGAAUCAGCGAGACCCUCAAAGGUGCAAAGGUGAGAUUGGAAUGCAGAGAGAAUGAAGGGGGGAAAAUAACUCUAAGCAAAGAGGCAGACACCGACGACUUAGGAACUUACUCCAUUCCGGUGGAAGGAGACCAUGAAGAGGAGGUUUGCGAGGUGAUCUUGGUGAAGAGUCCCAAGGAGGACUGCAGCGAGAUCAGCAACGAGCUUCAUGUGAAGCUCAGCGCGAGGAUCAGUCUCACGAACCACAACGGCAUUACCGGGCCUCAUCGCAUGGCUAACCCUCUCGGUUUCAUGAAGAAGGAGGUUGAUCCUAAGUGCGCUGAGGUCCUCAAGGAGCUCGGACUCACCCCCGAUGGCGACAUUGAUGAUGGCGGUGCUGAAUAAGCCAUCAAUAAUUUUACAUACUUAAACAGUAGGAAUCGAUAUCCCGGCCUUCAUUUUUCGAUCAUGUGUAAUCAAUAAAUGGGUUUUAUUAAUUUCCCCUACUAAUCCAACGUGAUGUAUGAGAGAUGUAAAGUAUACAUCGAUCGAUCUAUCGAUCUGCGGUAGUAGUACUUAAUUGGGGGUAUAUUUUUGUUAGGGUUAGCUGCAAUAUUCUUCAAAUCUUGAUUAAUCAAGUUGCUUGUGAUCA